AUGGCUGGCCAUCGGGCGACUGGCCGUCGGGCACGUCGCCGUCAGCGCCACUCAUAUGUUUCUGCCUAUGCGGGCGAGGACACGCGGCCGACGUCCUCCAAGGAGAUCCUCGGCUGGUACAUGUACUCGUUCGCCUCGGAGACCUACGUCGUUUGUGCUAUCGCCUCUUUCAUUCCGAUCCUGCUCGAGAGCCUCGCACGAGAGAAUGGCGUGUUGCUGUCCGACCGGACGACUCCUUGCAAUGCAGCUACCCAUCGGCAGUCCGCCUCAUCGCCCUCAACGCCCUCGAAUCUCGCCGCGGCCUCUUCCGCCUGUGUCGUCUACGUCCUCGGCAUCGAGGUCAACACGGCCAGCUUUGCCAUGUACACCUUUAGCAUCAGCGUGCUGCUGCAGGCCCUGCUGGUCGUCAGCAUCAGCUGCGCCGCCGACCACGGAAACUACCGCAAGACACUGCUGCUCGUUCUGGCCGCCAUCGGAAGCGUCACCGUCAUGCUGUUCCUCGCCGUGACCGCCCGUACCUACCUUCUGGGUGCCCUCCUGGCCAUUGUCUCCAACACGUCCUUUGGGGCCUCUUUCGUCCUGCUCAACUCGUUCCUGCCUCUGCUGGUGCGCUACCAUCCAACUGUUCUUGGCAGCGGCAUCGACGGCGAUGUGGAGCCUGCAACGGGUCACUCCACCACCGAUGUUUCCGCCGACGAUGACUCGGCCGUCACCUUGGACGACUCGGGCGCCGAACUCUACGACUCUGCCACCGCCCUGCUUCCCUCCAGCCGCUCGCGGUCCCUGUCUCCCACCUUUGCCUCGGCCGGCUCGGUGUCGCCGUCUCCCCCCGUCCACGCCGGCGAGGAACGAACGUCGGCCGAGCUGACCCUCUCGACUCAGCUCUCGGCCCGUGGCGUCGGUAUCGGCUAUUGUGCCGCCCUCUUCGUCCAGUGCAUCGCCAUCGUCACCGUCUUCCGCAUGCACAACACCACCUGGUCGCAGCGUGUGGUGCUCUUUUUCGUCGGCGUCUGGUGGGCUGUCUUUACCAUUCCCACCGCCUUAUGGCUGCGUCCGCGUCCGGGACCACCCCUGCCAGCUGCCGCUGCUGCUGCUGCGUCUGGGAGCCAAGGCAGCAACAGCCCGCUGUCCUACAUCCGCUCCGGGGCCGCCUACCUGGUGUAUGCUUGGGCGUCGCUGUUCCGCACCAUCGCCCUCGCUCGUCAGCUGCGCGAUAUCGUGCUCUUCCUUGCCGGCUGGUUCCUGCUGUCGGACGCCAUCGCCACCACGUCGUCGACAGCCGUGCUCUUCGCCAAGACCCAGUUACACAUGGAGGUGUGGGCCCUAGGCUUGAUCAAUGUCAUCAGCACGAUGAUGGGCAUUGCCGGCGCCCUGGGUUGGGCCGCCCUGUCGCGGCGGGUGGCCCUGUUGCGCUCGAACCCGCUGAACACCAUUCUCGCCUGUCUGGCCCUCUUUGAGCUGAUCCCGCUGUACGGCCUGCUCGGCUACCUACCCAUGGUGCGUGAUUGGGGUGUCGGCGGCCUGCAGCAGCCGUGGGAGAUGUACCUGCUUGCUGCCGUGUUCGGCCUCGUCAUCGGUGGCUUCAGCAGCUACUGUCGCUCGCUGUACGGCGAGCUGAUCCCCCCCGGCUCCGAGGCCGCCUUUUAUGCCCUGUACGCCAUCACGGACAAGGGCUCCAGCGUCUUUGGCCCCGCUAUUGUUGGCGCCAUCAUCGACGCCACUGGUGAGAUCCGCCCGGCCUUUUGGUUCCUUACUGCUCUGAUCGGCCUGCCUGCGCCGUUGCUCUACUUUGUGAAUGUUGAGCGCGGCCGCCGCGACGGCGAGGCUCUCGCUGCCCUUAUUGAGGGGUUCCGCCCGGCUGGCGGUUACGGGACCAACCUGGAUGAUGACGGGUCUGGCAGUGCCCACACUCCUCGCGCCAUUCUAGCCGACUAUGAUGACGAGGAUGACGGGGACCUUGCAGAGCCGGCGCGGUGA